AUGGAGGAUAUUUCAUCAUUUGGUCGUCUUCGUGUUGCGGUGCGUGAGCGGCCCGUCAUGGAAUCCGACUUUGCGAACGUGCAGCUGCAUCUUCGGAUGGAUGAGGGCAACCUCAUCGCCUACGCGCCAGGCCGCACUGAGGGUCUUAUGUACAAUUGCGACUACUACUUCUCCGGCGCCGCGACCGAGGAGGACAUUCACUGCACCAUCGGUUCACAGAUGGUCGAUCUCGCAAUGCGGGGCGUGAGCUGCAAUGCUGUGUUCUUUGGUUUUACGGAUACAGGCAAAACCCACACGCUCUACGGCGGCGGGGAAGAUGAGGGGUUUCUCUUCAGCACGGUAAAGGAUCUUUAUAGCCGCCUGGAAGCCCACUCGGACGAGUGCGAGGCGAGCAUUAUGCUGCGGUACUGGGAAAUGAACCGGGAUUCGGUGGAGGACAAUUUACGUGCGGAGGAUGAGGGAAAGGAGGGCAUUCAGUACGCCGUCUCUCGUGACCACUUGGACCGUCUGAACAUACCCAACCUGACAACGGUGCAGGUACCAACGGUGGAAGAAUUUUUGAUGCAGCUAAACCGUGGAAACCAAAUCCGGAUGGGCCGCUUGGCCCAACGGACGUUUCGCUGGCACGGCUUUGUGCAGCUUAUCAUUGUGACCACCGACAAGGCAGAAGGGGCGAAAAAUAUUAUUCGUACCAUGACGUUUGUGCACAUGAAAGGGACGGACCGAGUGGGGGAGAAGGGCAUGCGUGGUGAGCCUCUUAGAGAGGGUAGCUGCAUUAAUGUCGGUGUCACACUCCUUUGUGCGGCGGUUAUUCAUUCGCUUGAGUACCGUAGGAAACGCCGGUCUUUGUCUACCACGCCAGAAAGGCAUCGUGAACUUAUUCGUCAUAGCCAAUCCUUCUUUAUGGAGUGUAAGCUUUCCCGUGUCAUGUCUCAGUUCAUAUGUGGCUUUGAGGCUUCCUUUGUGAUUGGUUGCACGAGUCUAUUGCAGUACAAUGAGUCAAUUGAAACCCUCGAAAACUUGCAACUCUUUCGCCAAUUACAGUGCGUCUUGCGACCCAUCGUUGUGAUCUCCGAGAGAGGUUCGCUGCUUCGGAAGCUGCUUCGCCAGGAGGCACUACUUGGGGAGGAAGUUGUGUCGGAGAUUUAUAACUCGGACUCUGCUGGGCGACCCUUGACGGAGGAGGAGGAGAAAUUGCUGCUACUUCACCAAAAAUUGUAUGGCACCAGCCCUAGAAGACGCGGAGACUUGACGUUUGAACUGAAUCACGAGGCGAAACUGAUUGAGCGCUGCAAGUCACGGGCCCAGCGAGUGCCGGGCAAGGUGGAGACGCAUGGUCUCUGCUCCCGCAUUUUCCUCAAUCCUAGCAAGACUGCCUCCUACGAGGGACAAUGGGAGGAUGGCAAGUUUGGCGGUUUCGGGGAAUUGCUACAGAAGCGCAGUAAAUACCGUGGGGAGUUUCGGAAUGGGUUACGCGAGGGUGAGGGAACAUUGUGGAUUCGUGCGGACGCAAAAUCCCCGUGGAUACGGGUAUACAAAGGUGAAUGGUUAGCUGGCAAGCGCGACGGGCUUGGUGUCUCGUGGGAGGAGAACGGCGAUAUCUACGAGGGGGAGUGGUCUGAGGAUAAGCGCAACGGCUUUGGUAGACUCUUUCUGGCCAAUGGGGACCUCCUGAAGGGGGAGUUCCGCAACGGCCUCUGCGAUGGACGUGCCCUCCUGCUUCAGACCAAUGGCGAUUGGUACGACGGCUACUGGGCCCUUGGGCUGCGUGAGGGUCCUGGUCUUUGGUGUUAUGUACAGCGACAGCAGUGCCUCAGUGGUGAUUGGUCAAAGGGGAUAUGUAGGUGUGGCACGAUGACCGAUCUUCCUCACAAGACAACAAAUGAGCAUAGCCGUUUUAUCCCACGACUGGGACUCCUGCGUGAUGAUGAGGUGCUGGAGCUGCAGCGACGAAAGUUGUAUGAUAAUCGUGUACGGGAGUUUGCUACCUUGGGUCGUAAAUGGACGGAGCCUGUGAUUGCCCCACCGCUUGGUGCCGCCGUUUCCUUUGACGACGACGGCGAAAAAUGUUACGUCGAGGCAACCGAUGUCGAGGCGGCGGAUAUGAGGUGGGGCUUGAAUGUUGAAUAG